AUGACAGAAGCAACUGGAAUGGUUGAAAUCAACAGGUCAAUACGUCUAGUAGAAGAGCAGGAAGUAAUUAAGGAUUCACAAUCAACAGCUUUACGACCGCCAUUGAGCACGAGCAAAGGAAAGAUCGAACAGGAAGAACAAGACGAAUCAUCGAUAUUAGCUCACAGGAUGUCAAGAGCUGAAAGUGUUAGACAAGAUGUUAGAAAAUUAAAGACUGUUACGUUGAACAGAAUGGGAAAAAUGUUUAGACAUCGCUCGCAGACACCGGUGCUGGAGAAAUCAUCUUUAGAUAGUCCUGUGAGCGGUAUCGAAUCCGUGGACAACUACAACAAGAUACCGUCCAAACAAGAGAAAAGCAAUUCGCUCGGCAGAAUGUUGAAGCUCGUGGAUAAAAAUGGAUCACCGAAAAAACUGUUCCCUCCCCGAGCCGGAUCUCUGAGCCGUAUUUUGCGUCGACAUCCCAAUAAUGGGAAUAACGAGGAGAAAAAUGCUACAGAAGAUAACGCACCUGGCAUUUUCUCAAGAAUGUUGAAUCAGUUUAGAGGAAAGUAACAAAAUAUCAGUCGGCCCCACAGUGGAAACCACGCAGUCGAACGGAACAUAAAAAAGCAGAGCAAAAUCAGCUCGUUGCCUCCUAAAGCCCCAUUGAAUUCGAGGCUGUCUAAUUUGUCUUCGUCAACAUCCAUUUCGACGCCUCCGAUGCAAACCCAGAAAACGUUUCAAAAAUUACCUAAUUUAGAAUAUUCAAUUUGA